GAGCUGGCGAGAGGAAGAUCAGCUAAACGAUCUAUAAUCGUCUCAGUCCUCCCGUCACUCGACAGAGGUCCGCCGAAGCUUGACCGGAGAUGCCCAUGACCGAUGCUAAUGGAACACCUCCUCGAGUGAUGGUAAGCAUCCCCGCUACCUUCCCAUUCUAUCCCAACUACACUCAUCCAAAGGCAUGCAAGCUUAGGGAUAUGGCAUCGAGGACCUUCCCCGUCAUUGCCCUGCUACUGCGAAACACCGCACAUGAUUGGUUUAUAAGGCAUAGAUGGGUAGAUUGGGACACCUUUAAGAGGGCGUUCCUAGCAAGAUUCGACGCGGUCAGCGAAAAUGCUGCAUGGUUCGUACUGAAAACCCGUCCGCAGGAACUCGGAGAACUGUUACCCGACUUUGUUGAUCGAUUUCAGACCGCAUUAGACAAAUCCGGACGGGAAGAAAAUGUUGCUCGAGAUCUGUUCAUCGACCAUCUCCGCAAUCCAGUGUUAAAGGCAAAACUGCAGAAAAAGGUCCCUCCUAAGACGAACCAACUGUCCGUUAUCAUAACUAAAGCCCUUGGACUGGAUCUGCUGGAUACGCUGCCUGCCUAUAAGUGCAAUUACUCUGCCCCGACGGGGGAAUGCUACGCGGCCUUGUGGGGGAUCAGUCACUUCCGAGCGUACUUAUAUGGCCGAAAGUUCACGUUGAUGACCGAUCACGAACUGUUGCUGGCAUUGAAGAAGUCCAAGGACUACUUGGGCAUGAUCGAGCGAUGGGCUACCAAGUUGCAGAGUAUGGACUUUGACAUUCGUCAUCGAAAGCAUGAGAGACAUGACAACACGGACGGGCUGACACGACUCCACCACCCCGACAAGCUUGGCGUAGAAGCCAUGUCUGCGCAAGCGGUCAAGGAUGUCGCGAAGGUGUCUGAGAUGCUCCUCAGGGGUACAACUGUAGAUCAGGAUAUCGUCGAGGUAAACGAGAACGUACUGCUCCAGGAUGUCCUUGAAGAUGUCGUUCAUCACCGUCUGGAAGGUAGCGGUAGUGAGAGGGACAAACCGCGACGGAGAUGUCAGGAGCCGACUACGGAGGAGGUCGCAGGUGUACACUGCACCGUGGCUAGGAGGCGCCACGGGGAUGCGAGGCGUCGGGGGGGACUGAGCACGACGAUGGUGGGAAAGCUCAACGUAGUGGCGGUCAAGGGCGGUUGUGUAAGGGCACUGCGAGGAGGUAUGACAGUCCUGGCGGCAACGCAAACACCCACGUCGGCCCAAAAUGGCCGCGCGCUCCUCAGCGGAAAGGACAUCACGAGGAGGGACAAAGCCCUGAGGGACAUCAGGGGGCGAUGCGCCAUCGUGACCACAACAACUACGUGCCUGAGAGAGGGUGGAGAGGGCGAGCUGGAGACGCUUGACUAUAGGGAGGGUAGAAUCCUCCAGGUGGCAGUGGACGGCCUCAUAGAGGUCGAGGUCGUCACUAUGGUCACCCUCAGGCGACAGCAGGGCAACAACGUUCUGCUCACCAUAGUCGAGCGCGUUGAAGCGACGCGAGAAGUGGCGACCCUGCUGCGCAGAACGGUGGGGAGGACCGUGAAAAGGGGAACGACGCUAGGAAGCGUUGUGAGAGAAGGAGGGAUCGUACCCGUUAUGCUGAGGCUGGGACGAGGAAGUGGGGUGAAGACGGGUCCGCAUCUACUGAUGGGCCUUGGCGGCCUCAUAAGCCUGCGGGGCCGAUAUAUUAAGAACUUAUUAGCAAACGAGGUUCGGCUAGAGUAUCACACCUUUCGCAAGAAGGCUCUAGAUUUAGAGGCCACGCUAGGAGGUGCUCAACCACUCCCUACGGACGGAAGAAAAAAGAAGAGUCCACAAGAGUGGAAGAAGAAGGGAAGCCGAUUGAUGAUGGUUGAUGGUACUCAAACCGAGAUCGAGGACUUCUUAGACCUUGUGGACGGUUUAGAGUUAGACGGCGAGGAUGAUGCUGAGGGUAGCAACCUCGAUGCUUUGGUAAAGGGACCAAUGGCGGGGAGGGACUCUGUGAGGGAGAGGCGUGAGGUGAUGAGCGAAAUGGAGAAGAUGGAGAGGGAGGUUGAACGAGUCCACAAGUACUUCGUGGAGAGGGGUGAUAGCAUCACAGACACCAUGCGUUGCGGCAGAACUGUUUCUGAAACUGAGAUGUCGCUCGAGAACAUUCAAGCUCGGAGAUGGGCAAGUUCCGUUCUGAAGAGACUUCGUGCGUCAAGGGAUAGUCUCCGACAUUGCUGCGACGAACUUGUCAUCCACAACCUCCAAAUCCGACGAGACAACGAGCAAUGGAGACGAAUGUGGGACGAGAGCCGGGCGGAGGUACGCGACACUACCCGAGCCUUGCUGCAACAGUUCGAGACAGGGACGAAGCUAUGUCGAGGUGCGAGGCGGCCGAAGAAGAUGGGCAAAUGGCACGUGAGCAGGCUGAAACCGCUUGGAGGUUCUACGACGACAUUGUGCGUGGAGUGGUGGUGGGGACUGAUGGUGACAACGAUGUGUGUCAUGAAUUUGAAGCUCUUCGCGUCGGUGGAAACGGAAAAGGUGCGGCCAGCUCAUCGACGACACAGGGUGGACAUGGGGCCACGUGUUGCAAUUGCGAGGAUCUCAUGUUUAGGAAUAACAUAAGCACAUCCCGCGUUUCCUUUGUUGUUCCAUUUUCCCAUUUUGUCGAGGUCCAACCUGGCAAAUUCCUCUCUGGCCUUUCUCCAAACUCCCUCUUCAUCCCUCAGGAUAGGUACAUAUCCUUCACUACUUACAAACAUUUCCAUCAUCGCACCGUGAUACAAUCUAGGACACAUCAGGACGAUCUCUCCGGAAUUACGAUGGACAGGUGAAAAAACCAAAUCAACAAAUCUACACUUC